AUGGGAACUGUUAGGGACCAAUAGAAGCUUAAUUAAAUUAUGGAAGAAGUAAAGUUUGAAUUUAAAGCAAAUUAAUAUGAUUUAAUCAAGAAGAAUUGCAAUCAUUUCUCAGAAGCUUUCACGUUAUCCUUACUCGGCAAGAGAAUUCCUUCUUUUAUUAAUAGAGCCUCAAGAAUUGGCUUUUAUGCAAGUUGCUUUUUGCCAAAAAUGAUCAAGAAUUCGAACCCGAUUCCUUAAGAUUAAGAUCAUACUUAAAAUGUUCAAACUAGAGGAAAUGAUGCUUACAAUAACUAACCUUAAAAUUUACCAUUUUAAAUGGAUUCAACAAACUCAGAUUACACAAUGGAUAGCUCAAGAGUUGCUUUUACAGGCAAAGGCUACAGAAUCGCUGAUUAUGAGACUGACAAUAUAUGA